UUCUGAGUACUUGACAAAUUGCAGACCGUAAUUGCCAAGUGAUUUGCCGAAAAAUCUAAUAAAAAAUAUACAGGAAAAUGACCGCUGGAGAAGUAUUGGAAAAAGUUACCAUUACCCCAGAUGGUGGUGUACAUAAAGACAUCUUAAAGUAUGGUACCGGAGACGAGACCCCCGAAAAUGGUUGCAAGGUCUCGUUGCAUUACACAGGCCGGCUUACGGAUGGCACAGUUUUCGAUUCCAGCGUUGAUCGCGGAGAACCCUUUGAAUUCGAGUUGGGAGCAAGAAGUGUUAUAAAAGCUUUCGAUUUGGGGGUUAUAACUAUGAAAUUGGGUGAAAAAUGUAAUUUAAUUUGUGCUCCAGAAUAUGCAUAUGGCGAAAGUGGAAGUCCCCCAAGUAUACCACCAAAUGCAACAUUAAUUUUUGAGCUUGAAAUGUUGGGUUGGAUGGGAGCUGAUGUUAGCCCCAAUAAAGACGGUAGCAUUGAACGUUUCACCAUUGUAAGCAGUGAUAAGAGACGUGGUCCUAAUGAUGGUUCCCUGUGCAAAGCCCACAUCACUGGAAAAUAUGAUGGCAAAGUCUUUGAGGAACGAGAUGUUGAAUUUAAUUUAGGUGAGGGUAGCGAUAUUGGUUUGGUGGAAGGUGUAGAAGUUGCCAUUGGAAAAAUGGUCAUUGGAGAAGAAUCAAGAUUCAAAAUUAAACCCAAAUAUGCCUUUGGUGCUAAAGGAAAUGAACAAUUCAAUAUUCCACCAAAUGCCACUGUCGAAUAUAUUAUUAAAUUGAAUGAUUGCGAAAAGGGUAUCGAAGAUUGGAAAUUCACCGAAGAAGAACGUGUUGAACACUCGAAAAUUUACAAAGAAAAGGGUACCAAAUAUUUCAAGAAGGAAAACUUUUCACUGGCUCUGAAAAUGUACAAGAAAUGUGUAGACAUUUUGGAUAAUAACAGUGAUGAGGAAAGCAAUAAACUUAAAGCAGCUGCCUUUAGUAAUCAGGCUUUGUGUCAUCAGAAAUUGAAUGAACAUUUCGAGGCAAAACAGGCAUGUAACGAAACCCUAAAAUUGGAACCCAAUAAUAUUAAGGCCCUAUAUCGUCGUGGUCAAUGUAAUAUUACCGUUGCCGAAUACGAUGAUGCUCUGCUUGACUUCCAGAAAGUUCUCGAGCUAGAACCAACCAAUAAGGCUGCUCAAAAUCAAAUUCAAAUAUGCAAACACAAAAUCAAAGAGGCCAAGGAUAAGGAGAAGAGAAUCUAUGCUAAUAUGUUUACAAAACUGGCUGCUGCCGAUAAAGAGCAGGAUGAGAAACCCGAAGAUGAUGUCCUAGCCAAGUGUGGUGAGUGGAAGGACGAAGAUGCCAAUUUGGCAAGUGAAAGAAAAUCUGGCGAUGAAUGGACAGAUGAAGAUACCAAACGAGAAGCAGAUUAUGCCUUAGAAAGGGAUAACAUUGUAAUGAUAUAAAUACAAAGAACCGCUAUCCUUAAAUCAUCACCCUCGUUCCUUCUAUCAUUCAAUUAUCAUACCUACGCGCUUGGAUUUUUGUAUAACCUGCUAUGUGUACGCCAUACAUAUAUUAAACUCCAUAUUAUGUUUUAAAUAUAGAAAUUACAUAUAAAAAAAAAUAAUAUUUGAUUCCAAAUUGGUUUAAAGAAUUAACAAUAUUAUAAUCAUAAAUAAAUGGCCAAAAUGAA